AGGAGGCGCAUUUCGACAACGCGCACGUCUCGACGCCUGCGCAUUCUUCGAAACUCCGCCUGCCGCUCUGCUAUCGAUGACCAUACCGCCCUCAGCGUGUCUGGUGGACUUGCGCUCGCGGUAGCCCCACCGGCAGAUAACACCAGUGCCGGCGGCGCGUCUUUUGCGACUCACCCUAGCUGGCUCUCUCAACAUUCCUCAGCCCUCUACAUGGCGCCUGUACCUGAUACACCCAAUACGCGCAUACGAAGCUCCGAAAGGCCACGCAGACGACACAUCUCCGACUCGGUGCCUGCCAGCAAGAAGCGCAAAUACGUGCCAGGUGGACCAGGAGGCGGGGGACGCUACGUGGAUGACGAGGGUGUAGAGACACCCGUUGGAGGAACAGGACCAGGCGGCUACGCGUACAUAGGGCCCCGCGGUCGCAUCGGACGCCUCAACGCUGAACGACAAGGCGUGACCCUUCCCGAUCUCGCGCCGUCGCCCUCAUAUUCACGACCGCGACGCGAAAGGCCGCCUGCUGGACCGCGUUCCAGCUCGGCUGCUGCAGUCGCCGCCGCCGUGGCGCAAAACGAUGGAUACAAGCCGAGGGAGGAGCGGAGUUGGGAUGAGUUCCACCCAGAUCUUGACAUCGAUACGGAGUUCCCUGUCUACAGCGCAGACCAGAUCGACGGCGUAAGCCCUGCAGAAUCGGUGCCAGGGACACCUGGACAAGCAUCGUCAACUGGCCAGUAUGCGGUGGACAGCGGUAUCUCUGCCAUGCUCGAUGGGCUGCGCGCACAACAGACUCAAGACGAGGAGAUGGAGGGUGGGUACAAUGGCUCGGCCAGCAUCUUGGCUACUCCCAAGAGGCGGCCAGGGCGCCCGCCUCGCAACAGAGACUCGAUGCUUGCUGGGCUUGGGUCGCCUCCUCGACCGCGGAUCAACCCCCUUCCGACUAUGAAUCCGAGGGAGAAGCUGAAUCUACCGAAGCCAUGUGUACGCCAGGUCGACCCCUUCAAGGCGCAUGAAGAGAGCGAAGGAGUCAAAGUCAACUAUGUCGAUAGGACAAUGGCAAACAUCGGUUACCAAGAAAGCGAGGUCUUUGCUAGGGCUGAGAACAACUUGAUUCGACUUCCGGAGGGCUCGAUCGAGGAGGACCUGGAUCUCACGUUACAGAACGAGGCUGAGGGAUCCAUAACAGCGGUCGCGGUUGGACGGGUAGAGUACGAUAUGGACGAGCAGGACGACAUGUGGUUAGAUGCACUCAACGUGCAGCGAAAGGCUGAAGACGUUGAAGCCAUCAAGCCCGCGAUAUUCGAGGUUACCAUAACUCAGAUCGAGAAGGAGUGGCACGCGCUGGAGAAACGCAUUCCUAAACCAAACCCCAAGCCACCGCAAACACACCGGCCACGAUCUAGUAGUGCAGCCGCUGUCAACGGAGAGCCUGCUGGACAAGGGGAGGAACAAGAUACAAAAUGCGCGAUCUGUGAUGAUGGCGAUUGUGAGAACACCAACGCCAUAGUAUUCUGCGAUGGUUGUGACUUGGCGGUUCAUCAAGAGUGCUACGGUGUGCCGUUCAUUCCAGAAGGACAAUGGCUUUGUAGACGUUGUCAACUGGUGGGUCGUGGCACACCUGCUAGUGAGCUUCCGGGCUGCAUAUUCUGUCCAAAUGGAGACGGCGCUUUCAAACAAACGACAGCUAUGAAAUGGGCACAUCUCCUGUGUGCCAUGUGGAUACCCGAAGUAUCACUUGGCAACGUGACAUUUCAAGAGCCAGUACAAGAUGUCGAAAAGGUCCCCAAGACACGCUGGAAGCUGUCUUGCUAUAUCUGCAAGCAAAAGAUGGGAGCAUGCAUACAAUGCGGCCACAAGUCCUGCUUCGAAGCCUUCCACGUCACCUGUGCACGCAAGGCACGCUUGUGCUUGCGGAUGAAGUCUUCUCAAUCCUCAAAUCCACUCGAUUCUACAGUACUUAAGGCAUACUGUGAUCGACAUACCCCUUCUGAUUGGCGGCGCGAGAACGACGUUGAGGGAGCCAUUGCAGACGCAAAGGCCUUCUACCGACACACCAUGCGUCACGUUCGCUGGCCGGACAGCCAAGUUUACGCUUUAUCGAUUGGCUCGACUCAUGCAGCGCAUGCAAUCGACGACGAAGACGACGGCGUCCCUGGCAGUAACAAGCGUAAGCGUGGGCAACCGGCUAAGUCCUGGAGGCUGCCAUCUGGAGCACCGGUGGUACCCCAAGCCAUCUACCACAAUGUCGAGAACGCUCUGAUCAAGUUCAAUGUUCGCAAACGUAAGGAGUUUGUGCAAGAAGCUUGCAAGUACUGGACGCUGAAGCGUGAGGCACGCCGCGGUGCCGCCUUACUCAAGCGCCUUCAACUACAAAUGGAGGCUUUCUCAUCCAUGGAGAUCACUCGCCGUAAUUUUGCGGGAAUGGGCGCUGCCGGACGGCCUCGUUUGCAGCGACGUAUCGAGUUCGCUGAACGUCUUGAGGAUGACAUGGAACAGAUUCGUGUCCUUUGCGAGAACGUUAAGGAACGCGAGGCUGAGAAGCUUAAAGACGUCAUGAUCCUCAAGGAUAUCCUGGAUUGCGUCUACUUUCCUAUUCCUUUCAUCCUCAGUCCCAUCCUGGAUAGGGCGAUCAAUCAUGAUAGCAAAGGUGUCUUUGCGGAAGGCUUCGGCGAGCUUAGGACCAAACUUGACGAGAAGGCCUACACGUCUGUCCAGGCGUUCAACGAUGACUUGCUUGUGGUGUUGAGCGCUCAGAUCGACUUUGCACCUGUCACCAAUGUCGGAGAUGCUGAUAACGAGUUGAGUAAGGUCGCGCAUCACAAUCUAACAGCUGAGCAGAAGGAGACGAAGAAACUGGUCAAGCGCAUCAUCAAGAGUGUGCAGCCGCAGAUCGAAGAUGCUUUGCGCAAAGAAGCUGACAUGGCCAAAGCCCCAGUUGAGAAGCUUGUCGAUCUCGAAACGGUUCUCGAACAGAAGCUGCAGGGCAGACACAUUGCUACUUCUGUCGAAGACGCUCCUCACUACACAACCGAAACCGAGCAAACAAACCAUGACGAAGCCACUGAGCUAAUGACCAACGGCACUGCCCAUGAGGAAGCCGUUCAAAAGGCAGACGAUAUCCAGCUCGCACCCACGCCCGACGAUAACGCCGCUGACAACAAUCACUCCAUAAACGAUGAGGCUGCAGACGAGGCUGCCAUCGCGGCUCAACUUGGGCAAGAUACCUUGCAUGCCUCCAAUGGAAAUGGGGAGCCUCAGGGCGAUGCGAUGGAGCUUGACGCCAAGAAGAUCAAUGGGCGUACGGAGCCUCUUACGCCACCAAGGUCCGAGAAGAACUUACUCAACCCACUUCACAACGGAGGCAUUCCAUGGUAUCUCGAGCCAUUCGACAUUCAUGGUACUACGGUCUACGAACCAAUCUGGGCUGGCCGUGAAGUUCUCAAAGCCAUGAGCGAAGAUCUUAGCGAGCUUGACGACGACGAGCUUGAUGGACUCGCAGACUCUGACCCAGUACAGCCAGACGAAGAAGCGGCUGACGCUCAGGCCAUGGAAUUGCGCAAAGCAGCUGCACGCAAGAGGCAAAGACGUUCGCGAGCGUAUAGAUGAUUCAUUUCUUUCUUCUCACACAUUGUUUCACCCCGGCAUGUCCUUUUCGGUCAUGUUAUGUAUUACCUUUCUCUUUGCAUCACAUCCUCUGGCUUGAUAGAUGAGGCGCAACCGGUGUUUAGUUCUCACUUUAUGGCAAGACGCCGCGGAACUACCCUUGUGGGAUCUUGGAGUUGAUCUUUGCGAAGCAUUUCAGCAGGGAGUAAUGGGAUGACGAUUGCUGCGGACCGAGACUGGCAGUUCUAGUAAUUCAGCU